AUCUUGGGUUUGCGUACAUUAAAGUAUAUAUACCUGUAUACUUAAGAUAAAAGAAAAGAACAAAGAUAGAUCAACGUCGAAUUUGUAAAUAAACCAUCAUAAUGUUUCAAAAAUGUUUUGCCUUUUUUGUUAUCCCCAGGCCUGUAUUUACAAGUUAACGGUCAUUGUUUUUACAUCUCGUUUGACCUCCAGCGCCCCCUGCUGGAAUAACACAGAACAAUCGUUACGUAAUAGCAGCUCCUUCAUCUCAGUUCACUCGAUGCUGUGUAAGUCAGAUGAACGCGCGCGACGAGGAAUUGAUACAUUCCUAACAUACAGGAAACAACUUUACUCUCUAAAAACACACCGGUAUCAUAAAGUUAACAGUCAUGAUUCUGUACGCUUUUGGCCUCGUACUCUUGUUCUAUGUGUUUCGGUGGUUCCGAGAAUUGAAAAGAGUCCCAAACAAAUGUGAGAAGUUUGUGUACAUCACCGGCUGUGAUUCUGGCUUUGGGAAUCUCUUGGCCAGACAUCUGGAUAAGAAGGGUUUCCGUGUCGUCGCCGGCUGUUACACAGAGAAGGGAGAAGAUGAGUUGAAGAAGAUCUGCACUGACAAACUCACAACAUUGCAUUUGGAUGUUAGUGAUCAUGACAAUAUCAGCAAAGCUGCAGACACCAUCAAAACCCUGGUGGGUCAGAGAGGUCUGUGGGCUGUGGUAAACAACGCUGGUGUCUCUGUCCCGACGGCUCCUAAUGACUGGCUGCUUAUUGAGGACUUUAAACACAUGUUAGAUGUCAAUCUGUAUGGAGUUAUUGACGUCACUCUCAGUGUUUUACCUCUCAUUAAAAGAGCCAAAGGAAGAGUGGUGAAUGUGGCCAGUAUAUUUGGACGGAUUAGUCCCAUUGGAGGAGCGUACUGUGUAUCUAAGUAUGGAGUUGAAGCAUUCAAUGACAGUCUGAGGAGAAGCAUGGCACCAUUCGGAGUGAAGGUUUUAUGUAUUGAACCUGGAUUCUUCAAAACAAGCGUCACUGACUCCAGUGCCCUGCAAAGGAAUUUUGAGAAAAUGUGGGAGAGGUUGCCACAGGACGUCAAAGAUGAGUACGGCAGUGACUACAUGGACAGACUGAGACUUGCGAUGAGGGAAAAGUUUGAGAAGAUGGCAGAUCCAGAUCUGAUGAAGGUUGUGAAGUGUAUGGAACACGCUGUGGCUGCUGUUCAUCCCCGGACAAGAUAUUCUCCAGGCUGGGAUGCAAAGUUCUUCUGGCUGCCUCUGUCCUACAUGCCAACCUUCAUCUCUGAUGCUUUCUUUUUAAGAAAUGCUGUUAAACCAAAAGUUUCAGUCCUGUAGAUACACGUUUACCAUUUAACACUGUUAACAAAUAUAAAGACCAAUAAAACUGUUCACACACAAAUAUUGCAUAGGAACGCUAAUCUUAACCGUUUCCUUAAUUUAAGUUAAGAUAUGUUUUGUCCUGAAAUAUCAUGUUGAUGUUACAUACACAACCAGUAGUCCAAUUACCCCUCAAUAUUAUAUGUCUAGGGUAUAUUAACUGUAUUAGAACGAGAUUUCAUUACGUUACUUGGUAGUGACCAUUUUAUCUGUAUUAUUUUU